AUGGUGAAUGGUUACAAGAAUUCACAUGUGAAUUCGGUAGUCGUGACCGAUAAUGCUCCAUACCAUAAUAUUCAAAGUAAUCCAGCCUCCAACACAAAUUCUAGGAAGUCAGACAUGCUGAGGUGGCUGCACGAAAAAAGCAUGCUUAAACCUGAAAUAUACGAGUUGAUCAUAUUGAAUGAAAACCAUCAUAAUAGAUUUCAUGAGGUUCUACUUGAACACGGACAUAACGUUUUACGACUUCUACCCUAUCACCCGGAUUUGAAUCCCAUUGAACUCAUUCGGGUUACUGUCAAAAACAACGUGUCCCAAAAGAAUGUAAUUUUCAAGUUGAAAAAUGUGAGGAAACUGGCGGAGCACGAGUUUGAUCAAAUCACUUCCGAGGAAUGGCGACAUGUAGUAGAUAUACAUGUAGUUGCCGACAUGUUUUUUAAUAAAUGUGGUUCCUCACAAAGCAAGCAAAUUUCCUAA